AAAUCGCUGUUUAUAUCGGCAUUGUAAUCUUCAAAUGCUAAAGUCUCGGGUGAAACACUCGCUUAUUCAGGGUCUUUGGUUUUUUCUAAUUGAAACGUAUGGAGAAUGACUUUAAGUGUCAGUGAUGUGGUGCUGGAAGCGACAGGGAAUAGCCUAUAACAGAACAAUCUCGGACAUAUAAAUUUUCAAAUUAAUCAUGGCUGCAUCCAAACGUUUAGCUGUGUUUUUUAUGUGAUACAUCUAUCUCAUUACCACACAAAACUAUAAUGGCCGCCUCGAUUUCUCCUUUGUUCCUGACUAUAGGUAUAUUACUGGGUCUUACUACAUUGACCGGAAUCUUGGCAAAUGUUAGUGUAUUACUAGUAGUGUAUUGGAACAGAUCACUACAAACUCAAAUUAAUAUGUUGCUUGUCAGUCUCGCAGUGGCUGAUCUCGGAGUAGCUGCGUCCUGUGUUCCUUUCGCUAUCACGACUGUGUUCCUUCAAUCUAAUGGUAUCAGUGAUAAUUUUUGUCAGUUCAGUGGCUUUUUGAAUCUGUUUUUUGCCUUGGCAAGUACGUCAAUGAUGGUGUGCAUAAGUGCUUCGCAAUACUCGUCCGUCACAUCGCCAAUGAAGAAAAGCAUGACGAACACAAACUGUUUUAUGAUCGUUCUCUGUGGUUGGAUUACGUCAUUUGUUAUUGCCCUCGGUCCCAUAAUGCGCUGGGGUCGAUACGAAUUCACUGACACUAUCUACGACUGCAACGCAGCUCAUACGACACGGACCUUAGAGAUGUCGUAUAAUAUCACCCUAAUGGUCUACGCCUUUGCUCUACCAUUUCUAACAAUGCUGUUAACAUAUACCGCGAUUUUGAGAGCAUUUCGAGACCAGAGCGCACAUUUACUUCGAACAGAAUCAAUAAUGAGUACAUCUCAAAGUAGUAUGAACGUUUCCAUUUCCGUGGAAACCAAAAUAUUUUUCACUGUGGUGAUUGUUGUAGUAACAUUUUUACUCUGUCGGACUCCUUUUUUUAUUUAUCUCUUCUUAAUAACAAUGCGGGUGAUAAGUUCGUCGGAUUUUUUAGGACAGCUUGCAUUCUGGGCGAUAUACCUGCACAGUGCGACAGAUCCAUUUAUAUAUGCGUUUAAGCACGUCGAGUACAGAGAUACUUUAAAUGAAAUUCAAAUGAACAUUAAUAAGACAUUUAAAUCCCUAUUUGUAAAGGAUAGUGACUAUACACAAGCAAUUGAGGAAUAAAAGAACGUUAGGAGAAAACGAGGAACGUUAUUUUUAAAUUUUUUCUGUACAUCGAAUG